AUAUUUGGCUGUGAUAUGAAAGAAUUUUCUUUUUUCCCAGGUAAGGCUGAAGGUGUUCUGUUUGAGGACGAUGGUGAUGGAUAUGGGUACACACAGGGAGCCUAUCUCCUUACGUACUAUGCUGCAGAAUUGAAAUCUUCGACAGUUACAGUUAGAGUAUCCCAAACUGAAGGAUCAUGGAAGAGGCCUAAUCGUAGUUUACAUGUGUUUAUCUUGCUUGGGGAAGGAGCGAUGAUUGAUGGACUAGGAAUUGAUGGUGAGGAAGUGCACAUCACGAUGCCUUCAGAAUCUGAAGUAUCUAAAUUGCAAUCUGCAAGUGAAAUCAAGUACAGAGAAAAACUAGAUGAUGCAAAGCUUCUUCCAGAUGCUGAUGAUCUCUCUGGGCAAAAGGGAAUUGAACUAUCAAAGGCACCUGUGGAUAUCAAGAGUAGGGACUGGCAGCUUAAAGUGGUCCCCUGGAUUGGUGGUCGGAUGAUCUCCAUGAUACAUCUUCCGUCAGCAACCCAGUGGCUUCACAGUAGGGUUGAAGUUGAUGGAUAUGAGGAGUAUAGUGGCGUUGAAUACAGAUCUGCUGGAUGUUCUGAGGAAUACAAAGUUACUGGGAGGAAACUUGAGCAAUCUGGAGAAGAGGAAGCUCUUUCCCUGGAAGGAGAUAUUGGUGGUGGAUUAGUGCUUGAACGCAAGAUAUUCAUUCCCAAAGAUAAUCCACAGGUACUUUGCAUUGAUACUGGCAUUAUAGCACGCACUGUGGGAGCUGGUUCUGGUGGAUUCUCAAGGUUCGUUUGGAUAAACUUGACAUUCAUUUAAGCUAAUAAUUUUGUU